AAGAGUCAACGCUUCCCUUUGCACUUGUAGUUUCCAAGGAAAUCUCUAGGAAAAUUAAAGAUCAUCAACCAACAAACCACACGCUGAAACUAUCAAUGGCAACCCCUACAAAUACGCAUAAGAAAAAAUGUUACACCAUCUUUCAUCAAACACUUAGACCUACCAACCAAUCAUCACACCAUGUGUUUCAGAUCGCGUUGCAGCUUCUGCUAUAUCUUCUUCACAAUCUACACCCUUAUGCUCAUGUUCAUUCUUUCCAUCAUCCUCUUCUGGAUAAUCAUCUCACCCUCAAGUGUCAAGUUCCAUGUAACCGAUGCCUCACUAACACAAUUCAACCUCACAAGCAACAACACAUUGUACUACAACUUCAAAGUCAACGUCACAAUGAGAAACCCCAACAACAACAUCAUAGUGUACUACAGGAGGAUCACAGCAAUUUCUUGGUACAAAGAUAAUGCUUUUGGUUGGGUGAGCUUAACACCCUUUGACCAAGGCCACAAGAACACAACCUUCCUUCAAGCAGUGUUUGAAGGGCAGAGGGUGAUUAAGCUCAAAUCUAAACAACUUGGUGAGUAUAAAGAUGAGACAAGUGUUGGGAUUUACAAGGACCUUGCUGUGGAUUUUGAUCUUAGAAUCAGAGCCAAGUAUGCAAAGUUCAAGAGUAGUCGUUUCAAUACACCCAUUGUUCAGUGUCGCCGAUUGAGGGUUCCUUUGAUUUCUAAUGGUAAAUCAGUACCUCCUUUUAGUGUCACCAGAUGCAAAAGUGCUUAUUUCUUCUCAGAUCGUGAUGCUGCUGAUGGAUAGGAGCUGCAGGCUGAUAUGAAACCUCUAUAAUCAGUUGACCAUGUCAGUUAAUCUGUACACAAUUUUUCCAUUAAAAAUAAUCUGCAGAGAGAUGUGUAAAGGUGUUACAUGGAUAUAUAUACACCAUAACAUAUAAAAACACUCUCAUGUAUGUUGUAUACAAAAAAUAAAGGAAAAUACUCAAUUUAUGUAUCAUUUUGAUUUUCUUAUGUUAUAUGAUAUUUCAGCUAGUUGUUGUUCA